UCGGUGGGGCGGGAGGGCCAUUCCCGGGCUCCUCCGGCUCUCCCCCGUCCAGAAGCAGAGCCCCUUCCCCACCCUCUGCAGCCCUUAAAGGGCCAGGCUCCUCUGGCAGCAGGAGGAGCUGCCCCAAAGUUCAGAUGCAUUGUGGGAAGAGAAAGUUACUUUCAGAGUUACACCAGAGGAAGUGAGAAGCGAGGAGGCAAAGCUGCAGCACUCUGGACGUUGAUUAAAGACAGCACCACCCAUGGGAGAUUAUGGGACUUCUCCCAGGAUCUUGGCCAGGGCGGAUGAGAAUUCCCAAGGAACUCACAUCACUGAAAUGACAGAAACCACCAUAGUGAGAGACCUGGAGGUGUCUGUGAGCGAAGGGGAUGAGGCAGACACCUCAAUAAUCCUCCAUUUGCACCCCUACUCAGAGGGCAGAGGUGACCUGCUGCCAGAUGAGGACCAGACGGCUUUGAAUGAUGGCGGGAUCCUGAAGCAUUCGACCACUUUGACAAACCGUCAACGAGGCAACGAAUUUUCUGCCUUGCCGGCUACCCUGGACACGCUGUCCAUUUACCAGCUAGCAGCUCAGGGGGAACUUACUCUGCUGAAAGAAAAUCUGCGGAAAGGCGAGAAUCUGGUGAACAAACCGGACAGGCGAGGCUUCACCCCCUUGAUGUGGGCCUCCGCUUUUGGAGAGAUUGAAACCGUCCGCUGCCUCUUGGAACUGGGCGCAGACCCUCAUGCCCUGGCGCACCAGCGGGAGAGCGCUCUGUCGCUUGCCAGCACCGGAGGAUACACCAACAUCGUCGUCUUGCUGCUGGAGAAGAAUGUUGACGUCGACACCUACGACUGGAACGGCGGGACUCCACUCUUGUACUGCGGCGUGGGCAAUUACGGAAGUGUGUCGAGACGCUAAGUUAGCCCGAGGCGCCGAUUUGACCACUGAAGCAGAUUCUGGUUACACAAUCAUCGGACCUUGGCUGUACACCAACACAAGAAAGUCCAGCAGGUGAUUGAAAAGCAUAUUCUGAAAUUAUUCCAGAACAAAGAGACGGAGUGAAGGGCGGUCCUCUCGGUCCAGGGUCGACACUGAAGGGAAUGAGCUUCCAUUGCCACGAAGAAGGAAGCAAGAACUGAGUCACACAAUCGCUCAAGUCAUGGACAUGGGAAAGCCAGGGGGUCGGCCACUCCGGGAGCAGUUCUGUGCACUGCACUUCUUGCCAAGGCAGUGGGGCCUUUCGAAGUUAGCCUCAACUCUCUGGUCAGAAAACCAAUGAGAGGGAUCUAUGGUGGCACUCCUCCUGAGGAAGCUGAUUCCUCUCCCACAGAUGGCAUCUGGGAAACAAAAACCUCCAGACUGGUCAUGCAAGUGAGUCAAACCACAGAUAGCUAGAACUCGUUUGUUCCCUGUCACUGCAAACCAAUCCUUUGAGUGUCUGUGGAAUAUUUCCUGGUCACAUUUACAACCCACCCCCCCACCCCCCCGGAUAAUGUAAGCAUUUUUUAAAAACGAAGUUACUUCCUGAUAUUAAAAGAGAUUUUGGGGGUUUCCCAGAAAAAUAGCUGCAAAGAGAAUAAAAUGUGCCUUUGCAUUCCGGCUUGCAAAUCGCCCUUUUGCUUGGUUGCCUGUGGCGACUCAGGCUGCCUUCUCCUGCCAAGUAGGAAUCAAAGUAUUUGUAAAUAUGAAAAUGGUUUGUGGAAGUUUUCAUUGCAAGUUUCAGCGGGAUCACAUGCCUCCAAAUGACAAGCCAGCAUUAUGAGAGGACAGAGGGCUAAUAAAACCAUUUGUGGAUUUCAUUUGUAGGGUUGGUUGAACAAAAUGUGCUGCUUCGCAUGAGUUUAGUAAAGACAGUUAUUUGGCA